CAACACAAACACCAAAACACAUCCAAAAAUGUCCACCUCCGAGCAGACCUACAUCAUGAUCAAGCCUGACGGCGUCCAGCGCGGCCUCGUCGGCGAGAUCAUUGCCCGCUUCGAGAAGCGCGGCUUCAAGCUCGCUGCCCUCAAGCUCGCCCAGCCCACCAAGGAGCACCUCGAGCAGCACUACGCCGACCUCAAGGACAAGCCCUUCUUCCCCAAGCUCAUCACCUACAUGCUUUCGGGCCCCGUCGUCUGCAUGGUCUGGGAGGGCCUUGACGCCGUCAAGACCGGCCGUGUCAUGCUCGGUGCCACCAACCCCCUCGCCUCGGCCCCUGGCACCAUCCGUGGUGACUACGCCCUCCAGACCGGCGCCAACGUCUGCCACGGCUCCGACUCGGUCGAGAACGGCCAGAAGGAGAUCGCUCUCUGGUUCCCCGAGGGCCUUACCCAGUGGACUGCCGCCAACAGCGCAUGGGUGUACGAGGCUUAAGUGCGUCGCAUCGUUCGCGCCUGCCUUUAUUACCUUUUGAGACCUGGAUAUGCACAUUGAUGAUGGUCUCG